AUGGUUCCUUUGCGUUUCACAGAAAAAACGCCAAAAGUGUUUCUCAACGCCUAUGACGUUGAACACGCUGAACUGCCUCACACUGCUGGCCUGCAUCUGAGGACGCCGCUUCAACGACGCCUGAAGGGGCGUCAUGUUGCCAUGAUCAGGCGAGUUGUCAUGUUUAACAAACACAUGUGUCUCAGAAAUUUCAUUUCUAGCAUUGGAGGCGUUAUUGGUACGGGAUUAUUUCUAGGCACUGCGACAGCAUUGAUGGAGGGUGGUCCUGCGGGACUUCUCCUCGGGUAUACUUUCAUGGGGACAAUGUGCUACUGCGUUAUGAUAACUGUCGGGGAAAUGAUUGCUCUCCUUCCCAUUCCAGGCGGUCAUAUCAAACUUGCGGAAAGAUUUGUCGAUCCAGCGUUCUCUUUUGCUAUGGGUUGGAAUUGCUGGUACUGUUGGACGUUUGCGAUACCUGCUGAGUUAUCGGCCGCCGUUACCCUUGUUGACUAUUGGAAUCUUGGAGUUAACAGUGCUGUGUGGAUCACUGUGUGUCUGGUCAUUGCUGUUGGAAUCAAUCUUUUAGGCGUUGGGACCUACGGAGAAAUGGAGUUCAUUUUCGCGUCAAUCAAAGUCAUCGCGAUAACAGGGCUCCUCAUCCUUGGUAUUGUACUUGACCUCGGAGGUAGCCCAAAUCAUGAUCGUAUUGGGUUUCGAUACUGGAAAAAUCCCGGUCCAUUUGUACAGUUCGAUGGGAUUGUUGGAGCUAAAGGGCGUUUUCUAGGAUUCGUUCGUGUACUCAUUCAGGCUGCCUUUUCUUUCACUGGAACCGAGGUUGUCACUAUGGCAGCCGCAGAGGUGAAGAACCCUCGAUACACCAUGCCGCGGGCAAUACGGACAGUUUACAUACGAAUUCUUCUAUUUUACGUCGGGGGCAUUUUUAUCAUCGGAUUGCUUGUGCCAUCCAAUAAUCCUCUUUUGCAUCUUAAUUCAUCCAACGCCUCGUCAUCUCCAUUCGUGAUCGCUAUCAAUCAGGCUGGGAUUAUAUACCUGCCCUCAAUUUUGAACGCAGUCAUCCUAACUUCUGCUUGGUCCGCCUCUUCAAGCGACUUAUAUUUGUCAUCAAGGGGAUUGUACGGCCUCGCUGCUGCUGGGAAUGCUCCUAAGUUUUUCUUGCGCACAUCACGUUCAGGACAUCCAUAUGUGGCCGUCGUUUUUUGCUCGCUGUUUUCCCUUUUGUCAUACAUGAUUGUGAACACCAGCUCUGGCAUUGUUUUUACCUGGUUUGCGGACAUGGCUGCCACCACGGGACUCUUAGCGUGGUUUUGUAUCGGGGUGACCUACAUCAGGUUUCACCGAGGAUUACUGGCGCAAGGGUAUGACAGGACCUGUUUACCAUAUGCCUCAAGACUCCAGCCAUAUGCGUCGUGGUGGGUGAUUGCAUCAUCGUUGACGACUCUCCUGUUCAGCGGAUGGCAAGUCUUUUUGAAAGCGAAAUGGUCUAAUGCGACAUUCGUGACGACGUAUUUGCCUGUUGUACUGUUCCCGAUAUUGUAUGUAUCUGCGAAAAUUCUGAUGCGGGUACCCCUGGUGAAACCGAGCGAGAUGGACUUUAAGUCUGGAACAGAGGACUUAGAUGCAGAGAGAACCCUUGCCGAAAAAUUGGAGGGAGGCGGUCUGGAUGAGCUUGGUAUGUGA